AUGCGCUCACUCACCCAAAUGUUUUGGGUUCUUACCAUUUACCUCAUGGUCCUCCCCUUGGUUGCUACGUCCCCUCACCACCACCCUCACCACCCCUCUCCAAACCGUAUACUCUACGACAUCGGCAACCAAAUCGCGGACAGGUCCAUGAUGAUAGACGCGGCUCAAUUUAACUUUGCCCCAUUCAAAGUCACGAACCUCCACAUCCUCUGCACCCGUUUUAACCCAACGGUCGACUACUCCUGCAACCUGACAUUCGCUUGGUCCGACCCCAACUCUGUGCGACAGAAUAGCGUGACGUCAGGCCACUGCCAGACGUCGUGGGCGUGGGACGGCGUGACCAAGCACCAAGCCGACUCAGACGGCAGCAACCCCGUCGCCGAAUACCGCUCGUGCUGGAUCAACGACGACGCCACCUAUUUCAAGGUCGCCGUGCCGGGCUUCUGGCACCCGGGCAACUUCACCCUCGAACUGGCGCACCGCUACCGCGAUGACGAGUACGUUGUCCCUCACCCUUCCCGUCCUUCUCGUACUCCAUUUAGGAACAGAGACAUCAUCAUUGACGGCGGGGCACUGACUGACGCGGCCUGCGGGUUCACAGAAACUUUACCAAGCCUUGGGAUUAUCCCACGACGUUUGGGGAUGCUCGUGUUCAUCUCUGCGAGGAACAAGCACUCACAGACAGGAUGGACCAUUUUCAUCCUGGCGUUAUCAAUGGGACUGUCAUUGGGCGUAAUCGAUUGA